AUGUCGACCAGCCGCAAGCUAAAGAGCCAUGGCAUGAGGAGAGGAAAAAACCGAGCUCCUCACAAGGGUGUCAAGAGAGGAGGCGGCAAGAGAAAAUACCGGAAGGGCUGCCUGAAGAGUAGGAAACGGGGCGAUGAUGGUAAUCGCAAUUACCGCUCCCACUUGUGA